AUGGUGGUGAUUAUCAUGCUGCAGGUCAAAGCUGACCUGGAGAAUCUGGACAAGCUGAUUUUUCCAGAGGACCAUUACUGGACUAUGGACAUCAAGAAUUCGCAAGCAGAGGAGUUUAGAAAAAGGAUAACGGUGAACAGAGCGGACAAAAACGAAAUACCGAAUACCAAGAAUGCGACAGCAAAUUUUCUAGUAAAGUGGGAAGAUGCGAAGCAAUGGAGCAGUAUUGACGUUUUGCUUGUGAAUAGACUAGUGGUUCUACUCGCUUCUGAUUGAAAUUACUCCUCACCUUGUGAUUCUGCAAUUUGCGAAACAACGAAAAUACAAAUGGGCGUAUCUCAAUCUUGGCAAAAGAAAUUCUUGAAAUUGAAUUCUUUCUAGGUGGAAUGAGUCGAGAGCGGGUAAAUUUGCUCAGUCUUCCUAUGGAAAUAUAAGCCCCAAUACUUCUCUCUUCAGCGAUAAGCGUGGCCGAAGUAACGCGAUCAGGGCCACUGAAGGGUAAGACGCUCAAUGGAGAAUAUACAAAUUCCGGCAACUGGCAGGAUGUUAUUGCAUUCGAAUGUAAGGGUGCGGAACCUGUGAAAUACCACGCAACAGAGGGCUACACAGUCGUCACCCAAAAAGGCGAGCACAUACCUGACGUACCUGUUCUUUUUUUGUUUUUUGGGUGCGAUAUAGAAAUAGAUACAUGAUGUAGAAGCAAGUUGAAGUACCUUUUUCGAGAAGAAAGUUCCUUAACCUAGUUACUUCAAGUUAAAUUGAGUGACUUCUGUUGAUCUCUAGCUAUUUUUGCUGUUUUUCUGCAUUCUUGAACGUACAGGUUGAAUUAACCGAAGGCGAGGACUGGUGCGGAUACGAUCAAGCAAUACAGGACUCCAUUGGAGUUUACAACUUUGAAGCACGCUUCGUACAGGUGAAAAAAUGAGAACAUUGGCAGGCGACCCUGAACUGUGCCAUGAUAGACGCAGAACCCGCUACAGUCUCGAAACAAAGUUACCAACAGCUCUCCUACUCCUAGAGAUCCCCAAAUUCAAGAAUAAUCUUCCAUGAGGUGUCCCUAUACCACAUCGCCAAAGUCUUACAUUAUCACAAGAUAAACCUGCAUCGGCA